CACAUAUUCAAUGUGUAUUUAUUAAUAUAAAUAAGUAAUUUUUAACGUAACAUAACGUAAUUGCAGCCUCGCAGUCAAAUUUAAUUAAAUUGUUCGGAUCGAGUUUGUUUCCAAGCUCCAUAACAUUAACAUGUCUACAUCAACUCCGAAAGCGAAAAAAAGAGGUCGCAUGACCAAAGCCCACAGAUACACCAGUAACGUCUUUUCCAUGCUCAAUCAAGUUCAGAUUCAAGAGUUCAAGGAAGCAUUCAACAUGAUAGAUCAAAACAGAGAUGGAUUCAUAGAUAAAGAAGAUCUAAUUGAAGUUCUGACAUCUCUCGGGAAAAACCCGUCGGACGAUCAGUUGGACUCGAUGCUCCAGGAAGCUCCAGGUCCAAUCAACUUCACGAUGUUUCUGACUCUUUUUGGAGAAAAGUUGAACGGUACCGAUCCCGACGACGUUAUCACCAACGCAUUCGCAUGUUUCGACGAGAAAAAUAACGGAAGUGUACCGGAGGAACGACUGCGUGUGGCGAUGACGACGAUGGGUGAUAGAUGGACUGACGAAAUGGUGGAUGAUUUAUUUCACUACGCUCCAAUCGACGAAGGAAAUUUCUAUUAUGGAAAAUUCAUCAAGGUCAUUAAGCACGGAUCAGCCGAUGAACAGAACGACCCUCUGAGCGAAGUGAACAAGUGACUUCGCUAUCAUAUUGCACAUGUAAAUAUCAACCAACUUUAUUUGGCGGAAUGUGCAGAAAUCUCUUGAUUUCGGUAUCUAAUCUACGAAAAUGAAUGAAUGAGUAAAUCGAGUAAUAAGACGCUCCAGUUUUUAAAAGCUAUUUGUCUCAAAACUUUUCAAAUACAACCAAAAAAAAUUAAAAAACUGUUUUAAUAUUUUUAAAUGACAGGGACGAAAACACAAUGAGAAUUUGCAGAAUAAAUAAACUACACUGAAACAUAAAGCCAUACAUAUUUUUCGAAAAAAAUUCAGCAAGCACAUCUGUUUUGAUUAUUAUUAUUGUUUGACUCCGCUAAACUUAUGCUGUUUUCAAAUUGAUAGCAUUUUUCAGAUUUUUUGAUAAUGCCAGAGCAAUUUUCAAAUAGCUUUUCAAACACGUUAUCAACAUUGGUGCCAUCUAGACUGGAUGUUUCAAAGUAUAAUGAUAAAAGUUUCUGAUCACACUUUGCACUUGUCCCGUUUAAUUUCUCAACUAAUUUUAAACCUUUUUGUUUAAGGUUGUUUAAAUUA